GUCACAAUCUAGUGAUAGAACACGGAAUUAUCCCCCCCCCCCCCCGAAAACAAAAAGUAGGAUUUUUUUUGGCCGAUAUUGACAGCCAGAAAACAACAUGUCUGGGGCGUGGGCAAGUGACAUAGAACCAGAGUAUGUUCCAGGAUAUUAUGGCUCCUAUCAAGACUAUGAUAUGUCACAUACUGGUGACCCUCGCCAGGAUAUAGAGUAUGAACGACAUUAUACUACCCAUAGUUACAUUGUUCCCGAGGUGAUCAAGAAUUUCUUGAUUCACUUUCAAAAAUGUAUCAACACAAAAGAAUUGGCUGAGAUUGAAAGAUCCUAUGACAAUGGAUUUAACAAACUGACAGAAAGGUUUUUUAAAAACUCAGCCUGGCCGGAAGCAGACGUAGUCUCUCCCAUUGUCAAUCAUGAUAAACGAUUUAUAAUUUUGUACAAGGAAUUGUACUAUCGACAUGUCUAUGCAAGAGUAUCUGGAGGACCAAGUCUGGCACAGAGAUUUGAAUCUUAUUAUAACUAUUGUGCUCUGUUCAACUACAUACUGAAUGCUGAGGGCCCUGUGAAUCUUGAAUUGCCAGACCAGUGGCUAUGGGACAUAAUUGAUGAGUUUAUCUAUCAGUUUCAAGCGUUCAGCAUUUUUCGUCAUAAAAUAGCCAACAAAACAACUGAGGAUGAGAUUGAGCUUCUAAAGUCCAAUCCAAAGAUUUGGAACGUACACAGUGUACUCAAUGUUCUCCACUCUCUUGUAGAGAAAUCAAAUAUUAACAAACAGCUUGAAGUCUACACCAGUGGAGGUGAUCCUGAUAGUGUUGCUGGAGAGUUUGGCAGAAACUCACUGUACAAAAUGUUGGGUUACUACAGUCUUGUUGGACUUUUGAGGCUGCACUCUUUGCUUGGGGACUACUAUCAGGCUCUCAAAGUGCUGGAAAACAUUGACUUCAAUAAGAAUAGCCUCUAUUCAAAGGUACCAGCCUGUCAGAUAACCAAAUACUAUUAUGUAGGCUUUGCAUACAUGAUGAUGAGGAGAUAUGAGGAUGCCAUUCGAACUCUGUCAACUAUCCUCUUGUACAUACAACGUACUAAAACCAUGUUCCAAAACAAAACACAGCUUUAUGAUCAGAUAUCAAAAAUGAAUGACAAAAUGUACACCUUGUUGUCAAUAUGUCUGGUUCUUUACCCCAUGAGAAUUGAUGAAAGUGUGCACUCACAUCUCAGGGAGAAAUAUCAAGACAAAAUGAACAGGAUGCAGAAAGGUGAGAAACAAGAGUUUGAGACAUCAUUUUCUUUUGCCUGUCCCAAGUUCUUAUCUCCUGUACCACCUAACUAUGAUUCAGAUGGCUCUGUGACUAUGUUUAAGGAGCCAUACCAGCUGCAGCUUUUGGUUUUUAAAGAAGAAGUAGAGCAACAGAUUCUUAUCCCUACUAUUAGGAGUUACUUGAAGUUGUAUACCACCAUGCCAAUUUCUAAACUGGCUGCCUUUAUGGAAAUGAAUGAAGAAGAACUUUGUACUCAGCUUAUGUGCUUUAAGCACAAGAUGAAGAACCUUGUAUGGACCAAAGGACCCAGUUGUUUAGAAGGAGAGUUCCAGUCAGCUUCAGAAGUAGACUUUUACAUUGACAAGACUAUGGUCCAUAUAGCAGACACCAAGGUAGCCAGACGUUAUGGUGAUUUCUUUAUCAGACAGUUUCACAAGUUUGAUGAGAUCAUGCGCUCAUUGAAGUCAGCCUAAGUGGUCAUUUGAUUGUUUCAAUGUUCAAGAGUUUAAUUAUCAUCUGAAGUGAUUGUAACUUUAAAUUAAAUGGUUUAUUUUUAGAUAUUUGUGGCUUAAGGUAAAUUGUCAUUCCUUUGAAUUUUUAUUUUUUAUUUGUGUUGGGUAUUAGUUACCACUACCACCUGUAAAUCUCUUAUAUAUGAUUUGUCUGUUGAGCAACAUGGAGGUCAAAGUGGAAGAAAGUGGUUGGAGAAUCACAGGAAUGGAGGGCUAUUUUGUGUGUGCAUUAUGUUUAACAUUCAGUAAUCAUGUGUUUUGUCAUAAUGAUUUUAUUCAUAGUUUAUUAUUGAACUGACUGUGCAUGGAACUUCAAUUAAAAACAGACUUAUCAAAGUUUAACAUUA